UCGAUAAAAAUGUUUCGAUUGUUGCACAUGGUGUGUUUCCUAAUACCUAGAUGUUUGUGCACAAGUGAGGUGAUCAUGGAUCCUGAAAAUCCAUCGAAAAGCAAAGAAAGCAGUCUAGUAAAAUCUUUCUUCAACGACACCAUCAGCUAUGCUGGGUUUUUUGAUAUACGCAGUACGGAGUUUAAUGACAAAUUAUUCUUUUGGUUUUUCCCUCAUCGUAAUGAAAACGCUGCUAUCAUCGUUUGGAUUCAAGGCCAGCCAGGUCUCAGUUCACUGUACAGUCUGUUCGAAGAACACGGUCCCUAUGAAAUAAGCGAAUCCAAUAUGCAAUUAACUAGACGUAAAUAUGCCUUGACUAAUACAUACCACGUGCUGUAUUUGGAUCCGGAAAUAUACUGCGGUUUUAGCUACACCAAUGGUCCUGAUCAUCUGUAUAGUGAAGUCGAUCACGUACCUGCACAUAUAUUCGAUAUUUUAAAGGAAUUUUUUUUAUAUUUUCCCGAGUAUCGGAAUAACGACCUAUAUGUCGCUGGAGCGUCCGCUAAUUGCCAAAUAAUUUGCAAACUAGCCCAUCAGAUUAUGAACGAUUUCAGCAAUGAUAAGCUCAAUCUAAAAGGAUUAAUUAUAGGAGGAGGCCUAUUCAGUCCACAACGAUCAUUCCAUUACCGUAACACUUUACACUGGAACGGUAUUGUCGACUCGGCGCUCACGUUUACUGAAUUCCGACGCAAACACUACAACAUACUUCGUUUCAUUCAAGCCAAAAAGCACCUCGAAGCAAUGGAGGAAAUCGGUUCAAUGCUGAGUAAAGUCAAACGUCAAGGAUUCCAAACUUUAUACGACAUUCGAGACGCCGAAUCAAUGGUAAACAGUUUCGUUCCUGGUUUCGUUACAAGAUCAGAUAUCAGAGACGCUUUACACGUCUCGAAUCUGACUUUCCAUAAUGAGACUCAACUAAUAAUCAAAGAUUCCCUGCUAUCAGCCAAGGAAUUAUACAGCACAAUUUUCUCCAAGUACAGGAUUCUUCUGUACCAUGGUCAAUUUGAUUUAUUGUCAUCUUACACUCAUUCGGCCGAAUUCUUGGUAACUUUAUCCUGGCCUUAUCUCGAGCAGUAUUACUUCGCGAAACGAAUAAACUGGAUGCAUAAUGGAGAGCUUCUCGGUUACUGGACCAAGGCUGGAAAACUAACUCACGCUAUGAUUCGUAAUGCUGGUCAUUUUGUAGGGAAAUCGCAACCAGAAGCUCUGAAUUUGUUGUUUGAGAAUUUCAUCGAGGAUAAAUUCACUAGAAUCGGUCAUCAGGGUAUUUAAGACAAAUCUUUUUUUUUUAAAUGCAAAAUAUGAUUGUAUUUUCAGCUCUAGUCACAUUUUAUAUCGUAACAGAACGAUUAAAAACUCAAAAAUGUAAGAGUAAUUCGAAUUUUCGCAGAUGUAAAUAACGCUUUUAUUGUAUCAGUAAAAUUGACAGUGCACUGGUAAAUGAUAUGGGGAAAAAAAUUCAAAAUGAACAUAGUUUAGAUGUAAACUACACUAAUGAAUGAAUAAAAUAUUAAUUAUUAAACUAAAAUGUAAGUUCUCUGUUUACUCGUUUUAUACUACCUACGUACACUGAGAUAGGUACUUAAAUAAAUAGCACACAAAAGAGGAAAGAAAAAAAAAUCAGUAGGUAAUACUUUUCUAAAAUCACAAUUAUUAUUUCUAUAAUCCAUAACCCCUGACAACAGGAACAUUUUAAAAAGAUGACGAUAAGGACGCAACAGAAAUAAUUAAACAAUGUAACCGCCUAUAAGAUUUCAAAUCAAUUUCCAAACAUACGUCACAGCCCAAAUUGAUAUGCCUCCCAUCCCACCCCACAAGGUCUAAAUUUUUUCUUAUGACUAGUAGAUUAAAACCCCAAAUAGGUAACUAAGAUGAUAAUUUUCAACCGCCGAAUAAUUAACGAAAGUUUUUAUUUUUUUUUUCUUCUUCUUCGAAUAAAGAGAUGUUUUCAUAACAAUAAAAAUGAAAAAGGAACUGGCCUUGGUUAAACGCCAUUUUUCUGUCAAAAUAUUAUUCUUCGUUCAACUUAUAAAAAAUGUAGUACGUAAGUAUACGUAAUUAACCUGUAAAAACAAAUAAAAUGAAUAAAGCUAAAAUACUAUAUGUUUUGUGUCGUAGAAUACCUACG